AUGUCUCAAUCAAUCUUACAGUCGCUAUUGAACACCUCGUGGACGCUACACCGUCUCUCUCCCCUGCACCAUGGGAAAGAAUUCCAGUCUCUUAUUGGCAAUAAGGUCGCGCUGAGAACCUAUGCCACCAGACUGAGAGAUCAUCUAACCGGAAAUUUCUUUGCUGAAGCCCAGGCUGGAUUGGGUGGAACCGGCGUCGUCGUCGAUGACAGCCUCUCCAGAACCGGGUCUCUCAAAAACUGCCUGUGGGAGACAUUGUCAGCUCCGUCCUCUCUGGGCGCUGGACAACUGUCCGGUCAAACUCUUCCCGGGGAACUUUCAGGAAUCUUGGUUGUUCUGGAAUACGAAAAUAUCACUUACAAAGCUGCUCUCAUUGCGGCACCGGAAGGUCGUCGUACCUCAGCACGACGGAAACAGUCCACACAGCUUCCUUUGUUACUGACGCGGUUCCCCAAUCCAUUGCGGCAGACCUUCAUCUCGUUCUUGUCUGCGAACUUUGACACCUACUGCUCGACUCUUCGCUUGCCGUCGAAUUUUCUGUGUGCGGAACUAAACGCGUUUAUCGAUGUUCUAAUGUCUGGGACCUCGGAACAGUCUAUUGACUCCUACCGCAUGCUUGAAGAUAUUAUAAAAGAGGUACAGCUGACAUUAUCAUUUUCGCCAUCUGUUGCUCCGUUGUUGAAGUCUCUUAACAUCAACAUCCCGCGGGGGUCUUUCGCGAUGUUCGCGCGUGAAAGCAACACUAGUAUGGGAUCCGAGCAUGGAUCUUCUAGCCAUCCAAAACAGACCAUCCUAACAGGUCUCUCCACCUAUCUUGAGAAACACUUGGCAAUAGAUCUGAACCUGGCAGGCCCUUCGACUAGUCAAGGCUCGGAAAAACAGCAUGCGCGCCUCACUAAAGUCGCAUGCGGUAGCUUCGUUCUUGGCGGCGAAGGAAAGAUGAAGUUGGUCGCAUCAUCGGCAGCGACCAGCUCUGGCGACAGUGCUGGCGAUGCUCAUUCGAUCAAAGACCACCUACUAUUGAGGGCACAUGAAGCUUUACUGCGAGCCGUUCUGCGUCGGGCUGCCUCGGAGGAUGAAGAGAACACUUGA